AAGAGGAUCAAAACACGCAUCCUGAUUACCAAUGUGAGGAAAAAUAACGAAAACGAUGCAUCGUUCAUAUAAUGUAUUCUUAUUCUCAAGAUGAGUCAAGGUCUUGUCUUCUUUAUUCGGCUAAUGCCUGUCUAUGCUCUCCUUCUUUCUUCUGUGGUUGUCAACUCGAACAUUAUCAGAGGCUUAACUCAGCGUACGGGAUAUUUUCAAGCGUUUGAAGGUAUUAUAUAUUGACGAUACUGUUUUGAGCUACUAAUAAUUAUGGAAGUAUAAAUUUUUCCACAGUGGAACUUCUACAAGUGUCAGUGAAAUUAAAGAACUCAAGGUGAUGAUCUCAGUCGGUCACAACAAUUCACUUUUGACUUUUCCAAGGGUAAACCUUCGCACCCUGACGAGUGAUAUCAGAAUUUGUUCGUUGCUCUGACGCCUUAAUACUUAUAAAACAGUACUCUAUAUUGUCAUGACUUACAGAAAUCGGCGUUCUACAAUCGAGUAUUCGCUUUCUGUGCAUGAAGGUAAUAUGUUUACGCUACAGGCUUUUCGUCGUCUUAGAAAGUUGAUUUGAGUUUAUUUUCUUUUAAGGGUGAGCUGUAAUGUUUAUGCGUGACUACGAAAGUUGACAACUACUUAAACUUAGCUAGCGUCUGGAGUCCCCAAACCGCCUUUUUAUUCACUAGUUGUGAAGGAACACAGACUCAUUCGUCCGCUGCGCUUACUUGUUUGCUUAAAAUUAAUCGCACGCGCUCACCAAACCUUAAAAAGUAAUCUAUAUUUACAGGCCAUGUACUGCAAGAUCACGUGAUCUCCACCCUUCAAGUUGCUCAAGCCCUGGAUUGUGGAACUGAGUGUUUGAGAAACAGUGCAUGCUUAUCGUACAACUUUAAACCAGUCAGCAUCAAACAAAACGAGUGUCAGUUAAAUAACGCAAAUAAAGUCACGUGUCCUGAGUGCUACAGCUUUGAUGCGGAUACAGUUUACUACGAGGACGCACAG